AUGUGGAAGACUUUCUGUGACAUGCACUGCAUCGAAGACGCGGUGCUGAAGGGCAACUCGGCUAUCCUCAAGUCUAUGAAAACCCAGGAGACACACGUUGUGACGACACUUCACGAUAUGCUGAAGUGGUACACCACGGAGCUGUUCGACAAGCUCAAGGAGACCCAGGAACAGAGCUCCCACAACUUCAAGGAGCAAGAACGAGUAAUGAAGUCUUACUUCGAGCAGAUGGCGAACAUGCAGACUGACUAUGCAAACCAAGCCAACACUCAGAUCGACCAGCUCGGCGUGGACAUCAACCAGCGCUUCGAUGAGAACGUGGUCAAGCCCCUGAAUGUUCUGCAGCAGCACUUGAAGACCAUGAAUGACAACUUGCUGAGCCUGGGCACUUGGCUAGGCAAUCAAGAUGUCUUUGCGAAGGAAGGGGGCGGUUGGACCCCACCAACAUCUGUUCUCAGCAGCCUGUCCAACUUGCCUGGGCUGCCUCCACAUGCGGAGGUGCAAGAGAACUUCGGGGCAGCUGAGGCGGCCUUAGAGGGCCCAGCAAGCUCACCCAACGCAAGCCACGCCGUGCUGCGGCUCAUGCGAGUGAGCGACUACUACCAGAAGGCCAGCCUCCAUGUCAGUGCCCACAAGGAGGCUCUGCUGCACCUGCUCUCGCAGAACGCGACUCAAGGUUGCGAGCCCAGGGUCAUCGAGGCUGGUCGGCUCCUGGCAGAGAUGCGUCGAACAGAGGAGGUCCACGUAAUCUCGCUGCUCAGCACCUGGCGUUCCCUCGCACAGAACUUGGACUUUUUGGCCAACCUUCUCGUAGACGGCGACCUGAUCACCUCGCAGCUGUUUGCAGCCGCCUCCCUCGAGCCAAACACCACAGAGCGAGCGCUUGCAGUCAGCUCCAGUUCAGCGCCCCAGCUCCUGGAAGUCGUGCCCUUGGUCGAAGCAGACCUGGCCCACACAGUGACGGUCAAGAUGCUUCCCUUUGUGCGACAAGUAGCUCAAGCCUUCGACCUUAGCCAGCUCCUGGCUGAUAUGUGGGUCCACGGCUCCAUGGAGGUUCCUGAAACAGAGCUCCAACUCCUCCAAAACGCUUGGGACAGGGCAGCCCAG